AUGGAAAUGUUCAAAGUUGGUAGCAUUGUUAGCGUCAGUAUUUUAGUCCAGACACAUUCACGUUUAAAUUCGAGAGAGAAACUCUACCACGUUGCCGUGAAAAGUCAAAAUUUACAUGAAACUCAUAACAUGUUCUGCGGCACGUGCUGCUUCUGCAGAUACAUGUCAUUCUCGCAAUCUUUUAAUUUUUUUGGUUUUGGACCCUGGUCAUCAUUUCCAACACAACAAAAUUCACCACAAAAUCUCCGAUAUCCAUAUGUACAACAAAAUCAACAACCACAACUUCCAAUAGUACAACAACGAUUUCCACGAUGUCCAGGAGCCAUUCCAAUUCACCGACAAAAUUUUCAACAAAGACCGUCAUCGUCAAAUCAACCACAAAGACAAUCAUUAAAUCAAAUACUAAGACCAUCAACAUCAUCAUCGAAUCAACCACAAAGAUCAUCAUCAUCCAAUCAACCACAAACAAAUGCAGAAAAAAAACAGAUUAGAAAGACACGGUGGGAAACCGUACAUGAAGAGUAUGUUCCAGCGUCGAUUGGAAAACAUGACAAUGAGGUGUACAUUCCAACACCCAAAAACAAUUUGACACAAAGGCCACCUACACCAACACCUCAACAAAAACCACCUACACCAACACCUCAACAAAAACCACCUACACCAACACCUCAACAAAGGCCACCUACACCAACACCUCAACAAAAACCACCUACACCAACACCUCAACAAAAACCACCUACACCAACACCUCAACAAAAACCACCUACACCAACGCCUCAACAAAGGCCACCUACACCAACACCUCAACAAAAACCACCUACACCAACACCUCAACAAAAACCACCUACACCUCAACAAAGGCCAUCAUCAAUAGCUAAGCAGCUUCAAAUGAAAUAUCUUGGAGGCACUUAUAAUAUCAUUGAAUUUCAAUUUGUGAAAUAA